AUGGCGAGAGUCUCGGUUGAGAAGCCCGACAUUGCUCUUGUCGAACGGGCCAUGGCUGGCAAUGACUUGGAGGUCCCAGCCAAACAUCCUCAGGUCGUCACGAUCGAUGGUUUCAGCGUCUUGGGUCUCACACACGAAGAUGCCGAGUUUUACCAGAACUACUCGGAGAAAGACAGGAAGAGGACCAGGCACAAGGUCGACAUCCGCCUAGUGCCUCUGCUUGCGGCACUCUAUCUCGUCGCUCACCUCGACCGAAGCAACAUUGGCAAUACCAAGAUCCAGGGAAUCGACACCGACCUAGGCAUUAGCGGCGUGCAGUGGAACAUCCUGCUCUCGCUCUUCUUCAUUCCGUACAUUCUCUUGGAGGUUCCCAGUAACGCUCUGCUGAAGCGCUUCAAUCGACCAUCACUCUAUAUGGGCACUCUGGUGACGUCGUGGGGGACCAUUAUGACGCUUCAUGGUGUCGUGACCAACUAUGGUGGGAUCCUCGCCCUUCGAUUGUUGCUUGGAGUUUUCGAGGCUGGAUUCUUCCCCGGUGCAGUGUAUCUCAGUUCAUUCUGGUACAUGCCAAGAGACCUGGCUGCACGCAUAUCUUGGUUCUACUGCUUCAGCGCUCUCUCCGGAGCAUUUUCUGGCAUGCUCGCAGCGGCCAUCGCUCAAAUGGACGGUGUAGGAGGCUACGAGGGCUGGAGAUGGAUCUUCAUUCUUGAAGGCAUUGUUACCGUCGGCUGUGGCAUCCUCACCUUCUUGCUUCUGGUUGACACCCCGGAGCUCGGGCAUAAAUGGCUGGAACAAGAUGAGAUUCGCUUCCUGCAGAUCCAGCGCUUCAUCAAGCAAGGUGGCCGUUUCCAGGACGAGAGCAACGAGAAGCACUUCAUCUGGCGCGAUCUCAAGGCUUGCUGCCUUAACUGGAAAUUGUGGCUUUUGACCUGGGUGCAGUUCGCGCAGUCCGCGACUGCUUACGGCACCAAGUUCACCCUUCCGACAUUGACAGCAGCCAUGGGCUUCGAGAACUGGGAAGCACAGCUGAUGUCCGCGCCACCGUACGUCGCCGGCGCAAUCGCCACCCUCGUCCUUUCCAAGCUAUCGGAUCGUGUCUACUGGCGAAUGCCAUUCGUCGUAGGCCCUUUCGCAGCAAUCCUGCUUGGCUUUACGAUCAUGCUGGGGCUCCAAGGCGAUUUCGAGAACCAACUCGGCGCCUCCUACUUCGCCGUCUGCAUCGCAUGCAUGGGUAUAUACCCGGCAGCUCCCGCUUUAAUAGCGUGGGUAGGCAACAACUCUGCUCCAGCCUCGCGGCGUGCUGUGGCGUUGGCUUUCAACAUCUGUAUCGGCAACAUCGGAGGCAUCAUGGGCAGUUAUAUGUUCUUCGACUCCGACGCUCCAGCCUACAACACUGGCUUCGGGUUGAGCAUGGCUUUCGCGAUAACUGGGUUGACCUGCGCUGUUGUGGCGGAGCUGGCGUACAAGCGGGCGAACUCCAAGAAGGCUAGGGUUUCUGAGGAGGAGGUGAGGGCGCAGUAUACAAACGACCAGCUGGUGGCUAUGGGAGAGAAGAACCCGCUCUUCAGGUUUACUCUGUGA